AGCGUGUAGAGACGCUGGCUUGCGAAAAUAAUCAAUUAUCUGCUGUGCUGUAGCCAAGACGAUAUAUUGUACUUUGAUUUCUGGGACAGAUAUUAGCAUUUUGGUGAUAAUUACCUCAAGAUGUCGUCACAGGACGUUAUCAAGAGCACGGCGAAGAAGUUAAAAUAUUAUAUGGAGGUGAAACGUUUGGAGGAUGCAUUUGAUCUGUCAGGACCAGACAAACCACAAAGACAUUAUCCAACUCUCAAACCGAGACCCACACUCCUGUAUGAUGGUCUUCAUGAUCGAUCGUUAAAGCACUAUUUCAAGAGCCCAGAGGUCAAGAAACAUAUGACCCAGAUGAGACCCAGGCCAAGUGCAAUGGCCAGUGAAGACAAAGUCAGGCGAGAUGUAGACAAGUACAUGACCAAAACACAGUACACGAACCCAUAUUCUACCAUCGUCAGGCCAAAGGCUACUGCUCCUAAAAAGAGGCGGAGUAACUUCAGGGGUGGCCCUCUCAUGUUGAGGUCUAAGCAUGGGCCCUACCUCUCUAAGGGGGAAACAGAGAGAUUGGUGAACACUGCCACAAAACUUCUUGUUGCAUCAGAAACCAUUCCGAUUGAGAAUGGAAAGAAGAACAAGAAGUAUUCAGCAAGGGUAUAUUCCACAAGAGAGAUGGGUCCUGGGGGUAGUCUACCAAUCAUUGAAUCCUCAGCUACAUAUCCACCCAGGAGGCCCGACAGGCCCAGGUCUACCUAUGGCAUCAGACCCAGGUCUGCAAUGGCCCUGGAAGAGAGGCCCAAGACCUCAAGAGGAAUCAGGCCCAAGUCUGCAGUGUACAAUCCCAGUACUAAGCGAUAUGGAUAUGACCAGUAUGGGCAGAGGAUCCGUAUCAGGCCUACCCCACCCCCUAACCACUACGAGGCGUCUGAAUCAGAGACUGAAGACGAUAUAUCAGAAGAUGCCCCAACCAAUAUACUGGUUCCAGUCAGGAGUGGUGCUUCACAGACCCCAGAAUGGCUCAAUAUCCAGAUGUCUAAAGUUGAUAUGGCCGGAGGAGACAUGCAGUUGGUCGAUGCUGAUAUGAUGGAAGAAGAAGAGGAAGAUGAUGAUAGCAUCAAUCAAGAACCAACGAUCCUUCAAAACGACAUGGCACUGGUCAGCUAUGACAACACCACACAGACCGGUGUGGAAACAUCCAUGCAAACAGUAGAGCGCGACAACACUCAAGAAACUCAAACGCGGCGUGCCAACACCAUCGAAGCACUAACAGAUCCAUGGCAGGCAGAGAUCUCCAUGCAGACCGAACCACCUCCCAUCACCUCGGGCACUCAGACUGUCGCUCCUCCUCCAGAAAUGAGCACACAAACUCUUCCCCCACCCCCUGAGAUGUCAACUCAAACGGUCGCCCCCUGUCCGGAAAUCAGCACGCAGACCCCCGCCGUGGGGCCGGCCAUGUCCACCCAAACCCUCCCUGAAAUGAGCACGCAAACAAUACCAGCGGCAAUCAGCACACAGACGGAUGAACCCCCUCUGGAGAUCUCCACCCAGAUAACCCCAGACCCCACCCCUUCUCCAUCAGAGGAAGAGGAGGAGGAGCUGGACGAUUAUGAUCACUUGCGGCAUGGUCCGCGAUUAAAAUCAGGAAAGAGGACUGUAUAUGAAAUGGCCAUUCAUACUGGUAACAGACUGGGUGCAAGCACAAGAGCCGAUGUGCAUAUUAUACUUUAUGGAGAGAAGGGCAACACAGGAAAGAUCAAACUUAAACAAACAAAGGAAACAAAAGAUGGGAAGAAGAUGAAGUUCCAGAAAGGACAGAUUGACGUCUUCAAGGUAGAAUCUUUUUAUGUAGGAAAGUUGGAGUGUGUAACCAUUGGUCACGACAGAAGAGAAUUAGGUUGUGGUUGGUUCUUGGAUAAGUUGAUGAUCAGGGAGUAUGGUGAUGAUAUCAGCUAUGAGUUCGUAGUGGAGAGAUGGCUCUCAGCUCAAGAUGAAGAUGGAAGGACAGUCAGAACACUACCAGUCACCAACAUCAUCAUGGACGUGUCAUCCAGUGGAUCAGACAGUGAAGGCACAGACUAUGUAGAACGAAGCGCCGACAGCAGCGUCUAUACUGACACUGAUCCUCAUUUAAGCCAGAUUACGGAGACAGACAGUCAUUUCAUUAGUGAUGGUGGUUCCUCAAGAUCAGGCCGCAGGAGGCGGCACCGUAGGAGACGUGUGGUGUCAACCACAACUGCCACUGAAACGGACAGUGACUCUGAUGUCAGCGACACAGAGAGAAGUCAUGGUGAUCGCACGACAGAUCACACAUACAGCAGUGGGAGUGGUAGUAGCAGUGAUGACAGUGGAAGCAGUAGCGGUAGCGAAACGGAGGGUGGGGAUCAGAGCAGCAGGGGACGGGGAGGUAAAGGUGAUGGGGAUAGUGACCAUGGAGGUAGAGGAGGUCAGAGAGGGUACUUCAGGGGUGGGGAAGUGGAAGAGCCGCAACACUCAGAGCCAUUACCGACAGAUGUGAGAGAUGCAUCAGUGUCGAUACCCAAGCAAUCAACACCAAUCAACUCCAGGCAUCCAUCGCCUCAUCCUCCAUCGUCUAGCGACGAGAAGAAGGGACCUGAUGUUUACAUGAGUGGAUACCUGGCUGGCAUCAAGGCAAAGGAAGAGGCAGACAGAAAAAGGAAAGAGCAAGAAGAAGAGGAAGAAGAAAGGAAGAGACAAGAAGAGGAGAGGUUAUUGUCUGGUCCAUCUAUCCAUGAAUGCUGUAAGAAAGGAGACCUGGAUCGAGUGAAGGCUCUCAUCAAACUCAAACCUGAACUCAAAGAUACUCCCGACGAAAGGGGAUGGACACCCCUUCAUUGUUCAACAAGCUCUGGUAAUGUUGACAUCGUCAAGUGGCUCAUUGUCAAUGAUGUCAACGUCAACAUGCUCACCCCUACAGGCUACAAUGGAAUGCACCAAGCUGCUAUGAAUGGCCAUGUAAACAUCAUGAUGGUACUGGCCGCUAUGGGGGUGGAAAUCAACUGUAAGACAGUGGAUCAGCAGACACCCCUCCACCUAGCUGCUAUGAGUGGUCACAUAGAUUCCUGCCGGUGGUUGGUAGCAAAUAAAGCCUGUGAGGACUGUGAAGAUAUCAUGGGUAGGUCUGCACUAGACCUGGCCUCGGACUACCAACACACUGAUGUAGAGAAGUUCCUCACAUCUUGUAGGAAAGAGCUCAAGCACGAAGACAGUUCACUCUCUCAACUCAGAAGCCAGUCACCGACAAGAUCUCCAAGUCAAGCUAUGACUAAUGAAACACUAUCAGAAGAGGAUGCUGGUGCUGCAGGUGGAUCAGAUAGCAAUAGACCAGUCACCCCAAAACAAUCAGAAAAGAAUACUCUCAUGGCAAGGCAGAAAUCUUUCCACGAGCAGCAGAACAAGAUGUCAACAUCGGGAAUGAGUUUCCUUGACAGCAUCCGAGCAGAAUAUGAAGAUAAUAAUCAAGAACAGGCUGCUUUCUAAGCAAAAUCAUUACUUUAUGGCAAACUCACGAAUUGGAAACAAAAAUCAGGCUGCUUAAGCUAUGGUUUAUAGAUGCAUGCAAAAGGGACCUCAAAGGCUUGUGGACGGACUCAAGAUUUUUGGAGACUCUAGCAGAUGAUAGGGAAACAUGGAGAAAAGAUCAGCAAGGCAUUACCAUUGUGUAGAGGAGAGUAGAAAGAAUAGACCUAUAAGAUACAUUACUAAUAUUAUUUUUACGAGAGAGAAUAUGAAUUCCUUUAGUUGAUUUGGGAGAAAUUCUCAAAUGAAUGUAGAUUAGAAUGAUGAAGGUCAAAGUUUAAAUUAUUCAUAUCCAUGUAUCUGCAAUGAGCAGUAAUAUAUAUUCUUGUGUUCAUGAGAAAAGUAACUUUGAUAUGGUAUUUCAUGGUAUUGAAAUAAUCCAACAAAAUAGAAAGGAAGAGAAAAUACUUUAAUGUCAUAUAUUUUUGACAUAGACAAUAAAGAUAUAUUUGAGCUGAUGAUCUCUCGCAUAAUAAUCUUUCAGCAUCCUUAUUUUAAACAUGUUUAAAACAUAUUUCAAGCAUUCACAACUUUCAGAUAUUGCCCUAUUUUUUAUAUUGAUUGAGAAAGUUGUUUAAAGGCUGAUAAAUUGUAUAAAAGAAAGAAAAUCCUUUUCUCCAGGAUCUAACUUUUUUUAAUGUAUGGAAGAUGGAAUAUGACAAAGCACAAUGCUGCCUAAUUCUGUUAAAGAGGUUAAGUGGUCAUCCAUUUCAGCAGGUAAAUUAGGCAACAAAAUGUAUAUCAAGAGGCCCAGAACAAGAUAUUCAGGGAGUCAAGUGAACAAUUUAUGUAUUUUCUUUCUUACUGGCUGAAUAUAUUAAUUUUAUGAUACCAUUGAAGCAAUCAAGUCUUUAUGUACUAGACAUUACACUGUUCUUAAAAGUCUUUAUACUGUAUAUGAUAUUUUAGUCAUAUUAGUUUUUAAGUCUAAAAUCCAUAUUUAUAUUACAUUCUAAUAAUAUACAUCAAGGGCUAUUGUAUCUACUAACAGAAGAUGCAAAUUUUAAAGACAAUCUUACUGAUACAUUAAAGUAUCCGGAUAAAUCAAUCCAAUUAUAACAAUCAUAGUGCUUUGACAUUACAAUGUACAUUGAUAUCCUCUGCAAAAGGGGUCAUAAAUAUAUAUAUAUUCAUUUAUCUAUGCAUUGAUAUAUUGUUAAGUAAAGUUAUAAUCGCAAUACAGAUAUUGCUGAUAGAAAUAAAUGAAAUUUAUUCUCUAUGUGUUUGAUAUGGACAGAUGUUUUUCAAAAUUAUGAAAAUCCAGCUACGUGUGUGCUACUUAAGAAUUGUGCUGAUAUAUCUCUCAAAGAGUGACUUUAUGAUCUAUCAACAUUUUCUAUGGGAAUAUAAUUUACAAACUCUAGGUUCGAUACGAGCUAUGAUUUUAUAUAUUUAAGCAAAUAGCUUGCUUUAAAAUUGCAUCUUUAACCUUCACUUUUUGAUAUAAAGUUCCAUGAGAAUGGGUAAACCCAUGUAUAACAAUUUGAUUUUCCCUCAUUACAAUGUCAUACUAUAAUACAUAGAAUAUUUCAUUAUUUGUGUAAUGUCAGCACCUUGAAAACAAAUUAUUUCAAUUUUAGCUUCAUGUAUUCUGAAAUCGGUUCUGAGGUUUGUAAAUAGAUAUAGAAUAUUUUAGAAUGUAAAUACAUAGAGGAGUUUACAUUUUUAUAAACAAAUGUACAUUGAUUUCUUAUAUCAUGGUUAGAAAAUAAUUUGCCAACUAUUCUAAUAUGGUUUCUUUUUUUUGUAAUAGCUUACCUAAGCUGUUGUUUUAUUCAAUGAAUUUCGGAAGACAUUAUUCUGUUUGGCCUUUCAGUAUUUUUAUCAAUGAUUGUUUGUUUGCUCAACAAAGAAUAAACAUAGUCUUUCAAAUAGAAAACUUAAAUCAAUUAGUGCUUCUUUUUUUGUGCACUAAUAUGUCCUGAUGAUUUACUCUAAAGCUAAGAAAGUGUGUCGGUGGAUGAUUUGAGACCAAGGUCCUGUUACAUUCAAAUGUAUAAUCAAUAACACAAUCAAGCAUAAUUGUUAAAG